AGGUGCUUUGCACAACUAUAUCAUUCUUAUCAAUUAUAUUAAUUGGACGACAAAAUGGCGGAGCUUUUAGGAAUUCUCGUCAUCCUCCUUUCCUUCCUUACAGGUGAAGCUGCGGAUGUGUGUGUGGCGAGCUACUACUACUACUACUAUACCGUCAACUGUGACGAUGGAUGCUGUGGGUACUACUAUUCUCGUACAUGCUGUGCUGCUUCAACAACUGAGGGAACUAUCGCUGGAGCAAUCAUUGGCGGUGUUAUAUUCAUCGCAUUUCUCGUCGGCAUAAUCGUCCUCAUUAAGCACUGUAACACGACAAGGACUGGAGUUGCUUUCGUAGGGCAGACUGGUGGACCUGGGGGCAACGUCACGGUCGUUAACAGUACCAACCAACAGCACAUGCAACAACAGCCGUACGGAGCCUAUCCCCAGCCGGCUUAUGGUCCUCCUCCUCCACAGUAUGGGGGACAACCUCAACCAUAUGGGGCGUAUCCACAGCCACAACCAGCUUAUGGAGUCCAAGUUCAAGCCUAUGCAGGGCAAGUCUAUCCACCAACACAGCAAUUACCUGGUCAACUGGUCACCUACUAGUAUGCUAGAAAAUGUACCGGAACAACAAAACUUUUGAAUGAUGUUAAUGUGACAUUUCUACCUAAUACGAUGGUAGAGCAACUGUUUUUGCUUUCUUCCAGGAUCGCUUACACUGUUUCAUGGAUUGUUAACAUAGUAUUUAAGUAAUUUUGAAACCAAGUCGAUUAUUUAAUGUAUCAUUUGUAUAUAUUUACAUUUGCCCCCGCGCCAUCCCAUUACAACAGUG